AUGGACGACACUGAUAUGACCGAUGUCGCUUACGAUAUUGACAUUGACGUAGGCGAAGACAUAGCACCAGUAGCCCAACCGUCGCAACCACAGCAGGUUGUCCAAAACAACGCGGCGGAACCAGAGCGAGGCGUACCCGCAGCUUAUACCGAGGAUAUCAUCGUACACGAAGCAUGGCCGGAAUCCCUCAACCUCCAGGGCGUGAGCGACUUCGACCCCAACGAUCCGCUAUACUGGGCUAUGGAGCAUUGUCAGUCAGACCCGCGCGUCAAACAACUGCGCUGGGUGAAUGACAACUCGGUCAACCUAGAGUUCUACAACAAGGAAGAUGCGGCGCUCGCCCUGAGUAUCCUCACACACCCCGACAAUGGUGACUUCAGCAACGUCUCCAUGCAAGAAGCCCGGAAAGCGAAGCCAUACUCGAAGAAGCCCAACAGUGUCCUCAUGGUCAGGCAGUCUAAUGCUGGAGAUCAGAAGCCGAGGGGCGCGGCCACCCGAAGUAACUACUACCAGCGGAACCCAGAUGUGGCUGGCAAUCGCCAGAGGGAGCCCCGACGGAAGGCACCUCCAAAGAAAGACUUUCUAGAUUAUGGCGACGAGGAUAUGGGGUCCAGGGAGCGGCCAAGGCGGAGGAAUAGUGGAGACGAGUCCAUGGGCGAUUCGGGCGUUGACCAGAGGGGCCCGCGCCGGAACGGACGAGACUUUCGAGAGGACCGCGACGGACGAGACCACCGGGGUCGCGGCAGAGGAGGUCGCCAGUCAGCUUCUGGUAGACUCAAGAACGAUGCUCAAGGCCAAGACGUCGACUCCUACCGACCAGGCUCAAGAAGUCCGCACGAACCACGCUUCGGUCGUCUACGAGGACGCAGCGCCUCCCCUGCCUCUAACGAAGAAGGCGACGGUCGUUUCGGAUUCGCAGAGAACGAAACGCACGCAGGUCGCCGUCGGUACCGCAGCCGAAGUCGCAGCCGCAACAACCGACGUCGACGUGAACCUAGUAUGGAUCGUUGGACACACGACCGUGCCAACUAUGAUCGUCAGGGUGGCCCUGCGGGUGGCGAACGUUGGCAGAAGGACGCUUUCUUUGUUGACACUUCACCAAUGGGCAAUCACCAUCGGUCAAAUGCUAUAGAUGUAUCCAAGACGCGGGGAGGAGGGGAAUCGCUACUUUCGCGCAUGACCAAGAACGGACAGCCUGUGCUACCGCAGCAGAAGCGAUCACUAGCUGACAGGAUCACACGCGACGACGACAGUUCCGAAGAGUUGUUUGGCCGCCUAAAGGGUGAUGACCGUGAUCCUUACGUUACCGACUUCUCUGAACCAGCACGGUCUCGUCGCGGUUUAGCAGAUCGCAUCACGCGCGACGGCGACAUCAACAUUCGCGGUCAGGGACGAAACCGAAGCCAAGAAGGAAUCAACAUCCGCGGAUCUGCAGAGCGAAGCGGAGGAGGCGGCAUCAACAUACGUGGUGUGGCGAGCGGUGCCUAG